CUCCAUGCCUUUCCUUCUCUAGCUCUCUUAUAGUCUCUCUUUCUCUUCUAUAUAUACAUAAAAAAAGCAUUAUCAUUACCAUUAUUAUUAUCAGGGAGAUAAAAGAAAGGGAAAAGCAAAGCUAAGUUACACUAAAUCACACAACACAGAAAAGAACAUGGGUAGAGCUCCUUGCUGUGACAAAGCCAACGUGAAAAGAGGUCCAUGGUCGCCCGAGGAAGAUGCCAAGCUCAAGGCUUAUAUUGAGCAGAAUGGCACCGGAGGCAACUGGAUAGCUUUGCCUCAGAAGAUAGGCCUUAAAAGAUGUGGCAAGAGCUGCCGACUUCGAUGGCUAAAUUAUCUUCGGCCUAAUAUCAAGCAUGGAGGCUUCUCAGAGGAGGAAGAUAACAUCAUUUGCAGCCUCUAUAUAAGUAUUGGAAGCAGGUGGUCCAUUAUUGCUGCUCAGUUGCCUGGAAGAACUGAUAAUGAUAUCAAGAACUAUUGGAACACAAGGCUCAAGAAGAAGCUUCUAGGCAAGCAGCGCAAAGAACAAGCAGCCCGGCGAGCUACUCUCAGGCAAGAGAUAAAUAGGGAAAGCCAGAGUGUUAUGGCUCCUGGGGGGGUCUUGAAUCAACAGACCCCUAAUUAUUACUGGCCUGAGCUUCCAUCAGUAAACAUGCCAGCGAUGAAUCCAAGCCAAGAUUCUCAUUUCUGGGAUCAAGAAUCCCUUAGAAGCUUGCUGAUCAAGCUAGGCGAAAGAUUUUCUGAUGAUCAGCAAGAAUUAAACAUCGCCACUGUUUGCCCUCUUGAUGGUUCGUGCACGAGUACUCGAGAUCAGCCAUAUUCAAGCUCAAUGAAUGUGUUUUCUUCUUCGGGGGCGUCAAUGAAUUCCACAGAUAGCCCUUGCUCUCAAUUGCCUAACACCAAUUAUGCUGUGAAUGGAGCAGUUGGUCCAAGUACCUAUCAAGGACUUGACGGGUUCCCUGUUGAACCGCAUGAAUUGAUGUAUGGCAACCAGCAACAAUUAGAAGGUCUGGAGAGUUUGUAUGGAAUAAUGGAGAUGGCCAAUGGCACAAAUGGGGCUCUUAGUUCUGGGGAAAGCACCAUCUGGGGAAAUGUAAGCUCUCUGGCUUAUCCUCAACUUGUUUCUGGGCUUGAAACUUGCUUACAAAGCCUGCCACAAAAUCAUUCAUCCUUUGAAGUUUCGAGUUACUUUGGGCAACAAUAACAGUAGUGCGGCAGCAGUAUACGGGUGGUGUAAAUUACUUAAUUUGCUUUAGAUGGAAAUUUGGUGUUGGUAAUUCAUAAAAUCAUCAAGAAUUUACUCAAGAGAUUUGUUAAUUUCCUUCUGCUGCUUUCACUUUCAUUAAUGUUGACCUUCUUCCCGUUCGUCUCUUCCCCUCCAUUCAUAAGUUUUUGGAUCUUUCUUGACCAAAAUGGUUUGGACUAGCUAGAUUAAUUGCUUCUGUUUGAUUUUGAAUGGGAAUCUUAAGAUUUUAGGUUCUUAAAUUUGCGCUUGGGUCCAUUUCUUUUGGCAUCUGAAGUAUAGUAGUCAGGUUCUUUUAUUCACUGAUCAAUAAUGUACUGAAGCAACUGUACCAUCUAAUUUCUUAAUUGCAGUAGUGAAUACAAAAAAGUAAAACUCUUUCUUU